AUGGAUAAUACCAAGUCAACGUCAAAUAAAUCUGCAUUUUCCAUAGAAAAUAUUUUAGAACAAAAAUCCGAAAGAAAAACUCCCCCCAACAAGUUUGUCCAUCACGAGUUAUCUCCUUUGAAAGUGACCACAAAGCCUUUGACCUCACCCGCCACAACGAACGCGGAAACAGUGGUGACCUCUACGAGUAGCGUGUCACAAACUCCCGAUCUCGAACAGUAUACCGCUUUCAAAAAUCUCACCUUAAAAAAUCCUGAAUCACCUUCUCCGCAUCCGGCCAUGUCUUCGCCGACGGCUGCCGUUGCAAAUCUGCACUUUGAUCAUCUUUAUGAUCCUGCCGCCUCACUCUUCUAUCAACAGGUUUUGAAUUUGCAGAAAAGUUCAGCGUUUCUUAUGCCUCAUUUUCAAGCAGCGGCCGCUGCUGCGGCUAUGGCCAAUGCAGCCGCAGCCAGUGGAGUGAGAGGUGCCAGCACGCCGUCGGUAUAUUGUGAACCGUAUGGCCAAUUUAUGGAUUGUGAAGCUUUUCCCGCCAACGCCUCAGCUGCCGCAGCACUCUAUUGCAAUGCUGCCGGUUAUCCUGGUUUCUACAUGUCCGGCUUCGGUGUCAAACGCAAGGGUGGCCAAAUCCGCUUCACUUCUCAACAAACUAAAAAUCUCGAAAAUCGUUUCAUCUCCUCCAAAUAUCUGUCACCCGAGGAACGACGUCAUCUGGCCAUACAACUGAAAUUGACAGAUCGUCAAGUGAAAACUUGGUUUCAAAAUCGCCGGGCAAAAUGGCGACGGGCGAAUCAAGCCAAACGUUCGGCCCACUAUGCGGCCACUAUGCAACAACAGCAGGCCGCUGCUGCUGCUGCCGCCUCAUCCUCAAUGCCAGCAGCUGGAAUAAAUGGUACGGGUGCGGCGAGUGUUAUAAAAUCCAAUGCAAUGGCCACGAGUAAAACGAGUCAACAGUUAUCUGAAGACGAUCGCCAAUUUCUAUCGGAAAAUGAUGAAAGUGAUUUAGACUCGGAGGAAGAAGUUUAUGUUCAAGACCGACCAAGAUCGGAGUAA